GCUUUCUUAUUGAUGGCAAGACACUCAAGACAGCAAGACGUCAAUAAAUUUUAACCUCAAUUCAAUAUUUUAAGUUUUCCUUGGUGUGAAGAAUAUUUAAGGAAAUUAAAUUUGUUAUUGUUUCUGUGUUAGUCAGUCGAAAAUGUCUAAUAGGCAACAAAAUCGCCGAUUAAAAUGGAGUUUGGAUAGUGUCAGAAUAAAUCGAAUAUCUACCACAGAGCCUCUAGCAGCUCCUCCAGCUUAUAGUUCAUCAAAUAUUGGGUCAAAUAUUGAAGUUUCAAAAAAAACUGAUGUUUCUCGUUUAAUUACAAAAAAGUCCUGGGAUCUUGCCCUGGCACCUCUGAAACAGGUGCCAAUGAAUUUAUUUAUUAUGUAUAUGGCAGGAAAUUCAAUAUCUAUUUUUCCAAUAAUGAUGGUGGGAAUGUUAUUGAUGCGACCCCUUCAAGCUAUUUGGUCGACAAAAACUACUUUUAAAAUGAUGGAGACAUCUAAUGCAGUUUUACAAAUGAUUGUCUACGUUCUUGGUAAUUUUGUAAAUAUAGGUUUAGCACUCUAUAAAUGUCACAGCAUGGGUUUAUUGCCAACAUAUGCAAGUGACUGGUUAGCAUUUGUGGAACCACCAGUGAGACAAGAAUAUUUGGGAGGAGGUACAAUACUAUCAUAAUUUGUAUUUUUUUUUUAUUUAUAUUAAAAUAUUGUACUAAUAAAACUUUUAAAUAUAA